AUGGAGCCCGUGGAAUGGUCCCGGAUGAUGGCAGACAUCUUUUUCGCCCAUCAGGACCCGCUGGGCGAGCUGCAGAAGUUCAGACACCAGGUACCGCCGUUUGUACUGCGGACGUUUUGCGAUAAUACGGCCAUCACAGCGCCGCCGGCGAGCGGGCAGCAGAUGUGGAUCUAUGAUCAGAACCAAAUUCCCACCUGCAUCGUCAACACCAUCACCACAACCCCCGGCAGCGAUCCCGACACACUCAUCAUCUACCGACCCGCCACUCGCGAGUUCACGCAGCGCCGCUGGACAGAGUGCUUCGGCGCCGACGCCAUCUACAGCCGUUUCUUCGACAACCUGACCACCGCCCGCUACAUGCGCGAGCGCUUCGCAAAGUUCGAGCUUCUGCAGCAUGUCGACCGCGACAUCUUCCAGGGCCUCGUCGACCCCAUCUGGCAAAUCCAAUCGCUGCAGCACACGGGAAACGUCACCCUGCGCCGCGACGACGUCUGGGCACUCAGAAAAUUCCUGCACCUGAUGACUGGCCUGCAUGCCCGCGAUCGCACGAUGCAUCUGCUAGCGCAUGCGCCCGAGAUGGAGGAUGCGCGAGUAAGGAGGAAGCGAUUCAUCGAAGCCAGGGCCAUGGAGCACCCGAGGGACGUGUGGCUGUAUAAUGCGGAGCAGACGCUCAAGACGCCGCACCACGAGGUACACACGAACACCGCAAUUUUCGACCUCGACAGGGAAGACUACCGUGUCAACGCGCGGGAGCGAUUUCUGGUGCUGUGGGAGGCCGGCCCGGGGGAUGAGUUUAUCCUGACAGAGAAUGGGUUUGGAGGGUUCGAGGGCGGGCAGAUUGGCGCGAGGCAGGACUCGAUCAUCAAUAUGGGCUCGAGGGAGUUGGAGCAGCACAUGUAUACAAGGGACUUUAUGUGGCACCAGCUGUACGUCCUGUCGCCGACACUGGUGGCCGCGCUGUGCCACGGCACGCUGAUGCAUCCGGACCUGACGCGCGCGCAGAGGAAGCGGUGGGGGCUCAAAAGGUCGCUGCUGGAAAACCUGCCGCACGAGGUGGCACCAAAGUACUACAAAGACAUGACAAAGGCCGAUGUGUCGUUCCUGAAGCCUGGGUUUCCGAUCCCACAGGACGUCGAGCGCGCGUUCGCCGCAAAUGUGGCGUUGGAGAAGCGAAUGGCCGACGAGAUCGAGUUCCCGGUGCAGCGACUGUCUCCUAAACAAGUGUCUAUGGUCAACAGUGUUCUUCUCCACAACCAGCAGAACGGGCCUAUCGUCAAGUCAGUGUGCUGCAAGUCGCCGCCAAAGUAUCAGUCGCUGUAUAACUCGCUCGUGAUGUUCCAGCAGCAGCCGUGGGACAAGUACUCGGCCGAGGAGCAGAACGACUACUCGCUGCUGACUGAGCGCCUCCGCGUGUUCCUGCAGCCCGCAGCCCCCGAGCCCCUCUCUGCCCAUCUCCAGUACGCCCAACAGCAGCAGCAGCAGCAGUUCACUCACCAGCUCCCACCGCACCAGCUACACCAGAUGCCCACCAUGCCCAUGUCAAUCUCCAUGCAGCCGCAGCCGCAGCCCGCCAUGCCCGCCGACCCUCGCCGCCACUUCGCCGCCGACCGCUCUAUGACAAUGCCCGAGGUGCCGCGCUACGAGCAGCAGCCAAUCCACGAGAUCCGCCCCACACAUCUCCGCGCAAACAGCCAGAUGUCGCAUUCAUCCCAUACCUCCUCCUUCCCGUCCUCGCAGUCCUCGCAGACCUACUCCUCCGCGUCCAGUCAGACGUCGAGCAGCAGCGCCACAAGCAUCGAUGCUGUCCCCCGCUUCGAGUCCAAGGCCGCCCCUCCUCCUCCUCCUCCUCCACCACAGCCACAACCAGCACCCACCGCCGCCGCUCCCGCUCCCGCUCCCGCCCCCGCAGCACGUGAGUCAAGGUCACGCCCCCAGUCCCCUGCCCGCAAGACAGAGAAGCCCCGCAGGACAAACUCGCAGACCGAGAACGUGCCCAGCAAGCCGGUGAAGCCAACGCAGCAGCAGGCGCCCAAGGCGGCUAACAUCGUCAUCGAGCACACCGUGCAGGAGAUCCAGGAGCGACACAGAGGCCGCCAGGCGUCAAGGUCUGACCCGCCGCCACCACUACUCCCUCAGAUGAAGGUUAGCCCGAUUCCGGACCGUGUGGAGUUGACGGCGUCGAAGCCAAAGCCGAGACACCAGCAGCAGCAGGAGCAGGCCAAGGCUCAGGAGCAGAAGUCCCAGCAGCAGCAGCCACAGCCGCAGCAGAGGCAGCAGUCACAGCCGCCAGUUCAGCAGCAGCAGCAGAAGUCGCAGCAGCAACAGCAGCAGCCACAGUCGCAGCCUCAGCAGCAGCAACAGCAGUAUCAGAAGCCGCAACCACAGAAGCAGCAGCAGCAGCAACAGCAGCAGCAACAGCAGCAGCAACCACAACCACAACCGCAGCCAAUGCAGCAGAGGUUCCAGCCCCAGCCACAGGCCCAACAGCAAGCUCCCCUUCCCCAGCCACUGCAGCAGAAGGCCAGCGUCCUCCCAGAGCGCCCCAUGUACGUCAUGGACGUUAUGGACCCCAUGCGGCCCUUCCAGCACGAGCACGAGCGCACCGAGCCCCCGCCGCAAUGGAACUUUGGCGGUGUCGAGCUGCAAGGCCACCAAUACGAUAACGGUCUUCCUGAGUCCCGUGCCCACUCCCAGCAGUCCCAACGUAGCACAAGCAUGUCCAACGAACGCUCCUCCCAGGGCAGUGAGCACGUCAGGCAGCGCCAGUACGAGACCGAGCGCCAGUGCCAGUACGAGGUCCUCAUGCAGGACCUGCAGUCCCACCCCCAGCCCUGCGACCGCAACUCCCAGACCAGCGAGACAGCCAGGCGUCAGCAGUAUGAUAACACGCGCCCCGAGCUUGGCCAGAUCCAGAGGCCCAUCCCGCCCACUGAUCGCCACAGCGCCGACACCGUCUCUUCCCGCGGACGCCCCUACGAGCCGCCAAGGCCAGAGCAGGGCCAGAUCCAGCGCCCCCUCCAGCGUCCCAGCCCUGUAGCGGACGGCAGCAGAAAGGUCGAGCAGUCCCAGCCAAUGAGGAACACUGCCUCCCAUGAACGCUCACACCAGUACGAGCCCAAGGCAGAGCAGCAGUCCCAGCCCAUGCGCAACACCGGCUCCCACGACCGCUCCCACCAGUACGAGCACAAGCCGGAGCAGCAGUCACAGCCAAUGAGGAACACAAUGUCCCAUGACCGCUCAUCGCACUCCAGCGAGCACGCCCGUCAGCGCCAGUACGAGUUCGAGCUUCUCAAGCCCGAGCAGUCCAAGCCUCCCCCAGUCCCAGCACACAAGACCCCGCCCCAGAUCCACAAGCCACAGGCCCAGCGUCCCGCCAACACCACCACCAACAACAACUCCAACUCCAACAACUCCACCGAUGCUCCUGCAGCCGUCGAUGAACUCCGGGGACGUCCACCAUACGAGAUUGUCACCCCGGAGGGACUCCAGCCACAGCAGCAGCAGCCGCAGCGCAGUGCAAACAGCUCCAGUGAGCGCCAGAUGCGUCCCGGUGUCGAGAUUGUCCGCCCACAUACCCUGGAACCUGUACGCCCGGAGCCGCGCUCAACCCUGCAGCCGCCCCAGGCCCAGCAGAAGCCGCAAUAUGGUGAUAAUGUCAACGCCAAGGUCAAGCAGCUCCGCUUCGAGGCUACGCUCACACGCAAGCUCUCAAACAUGAGCCUUGACGGGUCCAUGAUCGUGCAGACUGGCGAUGACAACGAGACCGACAUGAGCGACAGCGAGAGCGAGAGCGGGAGUGAGGACGACGAUGACCAGACGAUCGAGGGCGAGGACGAGGACGAGGACGAGGAGGAAGAUGACGCUUGGGAGGACGAGGGCUUCGCCGAGUCUGAGGAACUCACAAAGCCAAAGAGCACCAAGCCGCAUGUUCGCUUCGCGGACCGACCGCUGUCCCGCACGGGGAUGCGCGGCGUGCCUGUGCAUAUUGAACGGCCGUUGUCGAGGUUGGGCUUUGCGGCACACCAUCUGGGGAGGAAGGUCGACUUUAUUGAGCGCCCGAGCUCGAGGCUGGGCAGGCGGGUUGAGAUUGUGAGGCCGUUGUCGAGGAAUGGACAGCGUGCGAACAUGGGGUUGGGUGCUGGAGUUAUGAGGCAGACGCACGGACAUGGACAUGGGCAUGGACAUGGGCAUGGGCACCACCAUGUGCAUCGUUGA